AUGGUCAUUAAUAACAUACCGGGCACAGCUACUGCGCAAAAGAUCGUUGUGUUUUCCGAUUCAGAUGGUUUCGCCAUGAUGAGGUACAACCUAAUCUCCGGAGGCGCAAGCAUCGGCCGCAUCUUGAAUGAUCGACGCAUGGAAGCAACCAUGGUCAAGUUGGAUCCGCGGCUCGCACCCGAGCAGGCAGACGCUCCAAUUUUCUCACGCGGUGAACACCUCAUUCCCGACGAUAGCGCCCGAGUCGGCCUCGGAACGCGAACACAUGAGAGCUUUCUGGACAUCAGGUUGACGGGUGAUCAUCACACAAUCGCUGGAAAGCUUUGA